CCUGCCUGGAGACGGGCACAAACUGAACAGAUCACGCACCGGCUCCACCUCCGGGCUCAGGCCGGAGGCGAACUGAAGGUGGGCAGGAAAUGGAGUCAGGCGGGCCACUCCCAUGUUCAGCAAACCCACGCGAUGGCCGCGGCGGGUGGCGCGCCUCGCUCUUCAUCAUCGUCGUCGGCUUCGUCGAGCGCAUCGGGUUCAUCGGCGUGGAGGGCAACCUGAUCACUUACCUGUCCGGCCCGCUGGGCAUGUCGACCGCGGCCGCGGCCGCCGGCGCCAACGCGUGGUCCGGGACCGUGCUGGUGCUGCCGCUCGUGGGCGCGCUCGCCGCCGACUCGCGCCUCGGCCGGUACCGGGCGGUACUGCUCGCCGGCGUACUCUACCUGCUGAGCUUGGGAAUGCUGACGGUCUCAUCCAUGCUGCAAACAUCGCAAUCGCAUCACCGGAGCUGCCAUGGCGCAGCCACCGCCUGCUCGUCGGCGCCCUCACCAGCCUGGCUCGCCUUCUUCUACGCCGCGCUCUACCUGCUGGCGCUGGCGCAGGGCUUCCACAAGCCGUGCUCCGAAGCCAUGGGCGCAGACCAGUUCGACGCCACCGCGCGUGCGUCCCGGAGCUCCUACUUCAACUGGUUCCACUUCUCCAUAUCGUGGGGCUACGCCAUCGCGGCCACCGCGGUGACCUACGUCCAGGAGAACAUCGGCUGGACCGUCGGGUUCGCUGCGUGCUGGGCCGUCAUGUUGGUGUACCUCGCCGUCUUCUUGCUCGGCACCAGGACUUACCGCGCCGAGCAGCCCGUCGAUGGCAGUUCGCUCGCGCGGCUGACCGAGGAGUUCACCUUCUCUCAGAAGGUCGUUGCCACUGAUACUGACACACAACGGCUUCUGGUGGCAGAACCGGAGGAAGGUACUGAAGGAUUCCUGGCCAGGCUGCUACCGAUCUGGCUGUCGAGCCUAGUCUUUGCAGCAGCCAUGGCGCAGGUCACCACCCUGUUCACCAAGCAGGGAAGCACGAUGGACCGGCGCAUCGGCGGCCUCGUGGUGCCGCCAGCGGCGCUGCAAAGCUUCAUCAGCAUCACCUACAUCACCCUGGUCCCCGUCUACGACCGCGCCCUGGUGCCGCUCGUGAGGCGCCUCACGGGGCACCCCGCGGGCAUCACGACGCUCCAGCGCAUCGGCGCCGGCAUGGCCAUGUCCUGCGUCGCCAUGGCCGCUGCAGCGCUCGUGGAAGCCAAACGACUCAGCACGGCCAAGAACGCUGGCCUGCUCGACCGUCCCGACGUGGCGUUGCCGAUGAGCCUAUGGUGGCUGGUGCCGCAGUACGUCCUAGUCGGCCUCGCGGAGGUGUUCACCUGCAUUGGGCUGGAGGAGUUCUUCUACGACCAAGUACCCGACGCGCUCCGCAGCGUGGGGUUGGCGCUGUCCCUCAGCAUCCUUUGUUAGCUUUUAAUCUUGAUUUUUGUAUCAGAAUGUUUUCUUAGUACCGCAUGUAGUUAGGUGCAAUCGUUGUAUUCAGUUUUAGAGCCAGCCGGGUAUACGUGAGAUACGUAUAAAGCAGGGGAGUAUCCAGCCGGAGGCGAGAUGCCGAGAUGGUGUCGUGCGAUGCAACAUGAAUGGCGAGACGAAGCUGUGGUACAAGAGCUGAAGACAACAUGCUGAAUAGGAAGUAGCUGGGCGAUCUGGUCAAGCUCGUGUUAGCCGUUUGCAUGUGCAUGUAGUGGCCUGAGUGAAUCGGUCAUAUGCAUGUAAUUAGCCUGUGGAGUGCAUGCGUGGGUUAUCUUGCUGGUGGCCUUGUGAAGAGGUCAAGUUAGUUAGUGGAUUAGUGCAUGGAUUAGUGGAGUAGUGGAGUAGUGGGUACGGUAGUGGACUAGUGGCGUGAGUUGCAUGGCAACGGUGCCAAACCUCUUGUAUAUAUACUGCAUUCAGUUAAUGAGAAAGGUAACGGUGGAAGAAACAAUGUAGCAUAUUUUGUCCUAGGGGAAGUGCCUCUCGGCAAAGCAAGUAGUGCUUCUCCUUAAGUGUGUGUGCGUGUGUUCUAGAGAAAAAGCAGAUAGAUAGUUUGUGAGUGAGAGAGAAGUUGAGUGUUGAGAGAUGAGAGGUAGAAGAUGAAGAUAGGAGCUGCGAGAUGCAGCUCCAACAAUUGGUAUCAGAGCGAGAAGAUCUUGGAGCUUUCGGCGAUGGCGGUGCGAUGCCGCUGAAGCCGACGACGGUGGUGAUGGCAGACUCCACGAGAGGUGGAGGUCGCCGACGCGAGGUGAAGGUCGCCGGCGCAAGGUGAAGCUCACCGGCUGGUGGCGGUGCGAUGCUGCUACGAGCGGUGGCCAUCCCGGCGUGAUGGGCGGAGCUACAUGGGGCACCGGCGCAUGGAGAGGCCGGGUGCAGCACCAUGUACGUGCGACGACCAUGUCGAGGUUGGCUGCUGAUGGAAGGUCUUGUGAGCACCGGAGGCAAGGUACGGUGGCCCGAUGGCGAGGAGAGCACGGGCGACGCACCAAUCUCCAUGAGAUGUGGAGGUCGCAGUGGCGGCAAGCUCCUUGAGAUGAGGAGGCGAGGCUGCAAGUGGCGGCAGACUCCGUGAGAUGCGGAGGCCGGUGUAGGUGUCCAUGGCUACCAUUGCAGGAAGGACCGUGUGAUGCUGAUGGUGAACACAAGAGGCGCUGCAAGAGGUUGCGGGUGAGCUGCAACGAAGAAUUUGGAAUCAAGAUUAGGGGGGAGAUUGUUAGCUUUUAAUCUUGAUUUUUGUAUCAGAAUGUUUUCUUAGUACCGCAUGUAGUUAGGUGCAAUCGUUGUAUUCAGUUUUAGAGCCAGCCGGGUAUACGUGAGAUACGUAUAAAGCAGGGGAGUAUCCAGCCGGAGGCGAGAUGCCGAGAUGGUGUCGUGCGAUGCAACAUGAAUGGCGAGACGAAGCUGUGGUACAAGAGCUGAAGACAACAUGCUGAAUAGGAAGUAGCUGGGCGAUCUGGUCAAGCUCGUGUUAGCCGUUUGCAUGUGCAUGUAGUGGCCUGAGUGAAUCGGUCAUAUGCAUGUAAUUAGCCUGUGGAGUGCAUGCGUGGGUUAUCUUGCUGGUGGCCUUGUGAAGAGGUCAAGUUAGUUAGUGGAUUAGUGCAUGGAUUAGUGGAGUAGUGGAGUAGUGGGUACGGUAGUGGACUAGUGGCGUGAGUUGCAUGGCAACGGUGCCAAACCUCUUGUAUAUAUACUGCAUUCAGUUAAUGAGAAAGGUAACGGUGGAAGAAACAAUGUAGCAUAUUUUGUCCUAGGGGAAGUGCCUCUCGGCAAAGCAAGUAGUGCUUCUCCUUAAGUGUGUGUGCGUGUGUUCUAGAGAAAAAGCAGAUAGAUAGUUUGUGAGUGAGAGAGAAGUUGAGUGUUGAGAGAUGAGAGGUAGAAGAUGAAGAUAGGAGCUGCGAGAUGCAGCUCCAACAUCCUUGGGGUGGGCAACUAUGCCAGCAGCGCGCUCGUGGCGGCGAUCGAUUGGGUGACGACAAGGGGCGGCGGAGAGAGCUGGUUCUCCGACAACCUCAACCGUGCGCACCUCGAUUACUUCUACUGGCUCCUCUCCGGCCUCGGCGUUCUAGAGGUGGUCGUGUUCUUGUAUUUUGCAAAGAGAUAUGUGUACAGAAACAAAUGCGAGCAAUGAUUCGCUCACCAU